GCGUUAGAAGUGUGGACUGGGCGUAGUACGAUUGUGCCUUUUAUGGAAUGUUCUGACGAGGGCAUCAGUUGCGAUAGGAGGGGAGAAGGAUGACGCGGGGCGUUUCAGGCGAUGGACGGAAAUGGGGGUGGUCCGUGCGCUGAUAGCCGAGGGUGGGAGAGUGCUGGCGGGGGCUGUUGGGCGUCGUCCGUCGCCCGCCUUGUUCGUCUCUUCUUCGAUUCUCGUUUUCGCUGUCGCCCUGCCCGUUGUCCCUCGUCUUCGUUUUCGUGGCUUGGGCAGUCGUGAAUUCAAGAGCUUUCAUUUAAAUAAUCCUAUAUAUCGCACCCACCCGCGCCGCGCUCCUUUCUACAGCCUUCAUUGCCCAAUACCCUGGAUACGCUUUCGAUCUCGACAUGAUGAAGGCUGCCGUUAUCCCAACUCUGGAUUUACGAAACGCGCUGGCGUAGCUGGUUUGGUCAAGCCGUGCUGCUGGGAUCCAUCGGCUUCCUGUGGACAGCGGUGACAGGUCUUGAUGGGAACUCACUUGUUUGGAGAAGCAUUGGCCGCAUGACCAGUGCAGAGGAGCGUUGCUAGCGCCGCAUCAUCGGUUGCUAUUGACUCGAGCUUGUCACUUGCAGAUGACUAUACCUAGCAUUCCAUGUCCGCAUCUUCUACCCAC